CUUUUGUUAGUUAGGUUCUGUUUCUAUUUCCAAUGACCAACUAUAUUACUCAGAGGCCAUUGGGCAUGUUCGAAAAGAAUCAAAUUGCUAAACAGCUUACAAAAGGAUAUGCAUCAGUCACUUUGACAGCUUCUUUACAUCACCCGCCUCGCUCAAAUGGCGACAUUCCCACGGUUUUUUACAAGAAGUAUCUAUACCCAGCAUUGGCAACUAUGAUACAAAAGCAUCCUAUGCUUCGACUGACUGUUCAUGAUACUGAUAAGUCUUCAGCUCAUUUUGUCCAACUACUCAAACUUGCUUACGAUGAUCUUGUCUUGGUAACUGAUCAUGAUCAAUUCUGGAUUCCCAACAUUCAAGAAACUAUCAUCACUGAAGAAUGUCAACAUGAAUUUGACUUAUUUGGAUUGUGUCCUCUUUGGCGUUUACGAGUCUCAUGUCACCCUGAUAAGUUGGAUCAAUGUAGUAUUACACUUUCUGUUCAGCAUGUUAUUGCUGAUGGUCUUAGUACAACUGUUCUUUGGCAAGAAUUAUUACAUAACUUGAACAACAUUGAUAGUAACUCACACAAUCAUAUAGUAGAUUCUCUCUAUUUUGACACCAGCAGUGUUUGUCAGGUACCUCUUGCUAUUGAAGAUCGUAAUGGACCCAAGGAUAUCAACGUGUCUCCAAGUGAUCCAGUACCUACUGAUGGAUGGCAAGGUGAUUAUGCUGCUCCUCCCAAUGAAAAACUGGAUACUGUGAUGCAUCUUAUGCAAGUGGAUGUUCAAACCUGGACUAGUUUAUUGAAGAAAGCCAAGAUGUAUGAAGUGUCUUUGCAUGCUGUUCUCUAUUCAGCCUAUUUAUUAUCUUGGAUGUCGGAAUACCCUGAUCAAGCCGUCAAAACUGUUACAGCCAUUAAUUGUCGUACUUAUUGUCAGCCUCCUAUCCCUCAUGAUGAACUUGGUAUCUUUUUUGGUCGAUUUGAAUAUGGAUGGCCUUUGGAAAAACUAAAUGCUCUUACUGAAGAUACGACGGAUGAUGAAACUCCUUUGGAUGGAAACAAACAUUUAUUUAUGAAUGAUAAUAUUGAUACCGGUAUCUUCUCGACAACAACGUUUUGGAAAUUGGCCAAGAUAUAUCAUGAUGUGGUACAAGAAAACAAGCUAUUGACAUGCCAAAGGUCAUUAUUGAUGGGUGAUUCAUUACCAAACUAUCCCGAGGAUUAUUGUAACGUAUGGUAUAAUGCAAGAAAAAUGUUUGAAAAAGGUCGAUCAGGUGGACUCAAUAUUUCUGAUCUUGGGAAAUUCAACUACUCGACUGGAGCGAAAGCAACAUGGACUUUAGAUCACCUAUGGUUCUCACAAUCCGCUCAUUUUUAUGCAACCAUCUUGGCUGUCAAUGCUAUCACUGUUAAUGGAAGUAUGCAUGCAACUAUUACUUGGCAACGUGGGUCUGUGCAAGAAGAAAAGGCGCUUCGUUUUAUUGAAUUGUUCCAUGCUCGUUUGAAAAAGGAAUCAUUAGUUUAGAUAUGUAGUAUUUUGUAUUAGAUUAGAUUUUUUUUUUUAUUUGAUUUGAUUUAAUAGAAUUUUUUUUUGAUAGAUUAUCUUUUUUUUCAGAUUUAUCUGUGUAAUCGUUUUACUGUUAUCAUCAUCUAUUGUUGAUUGAUAAAAUUAGUGUUAUAAUGAUGAUUGAUGGUUUGCUAUCGUGUCUCCUCUGCAGCAUCCGCCUUUUUGAAACCGUUCAUCUACAAGAUAAGCAUCCUUGAAAAUCGCCCUCUUCUUAAUAAUUUAAUCAUGGUUAUAUUAUUAUGCUCUUAAUAAAAACUAUACAUGAUCUCUUA